GGUGGGGGAGGUGACGGGGGGAUCGGCGGGGGCGGGGGCGGCACGCGCUCCCCGGCCCCUCGAGCCCCUUGGAAGUACAACUCGGACGGUCCUCAGGAUGCCUGGCCUUGCUGCCAGGAACCUCUCUUUGGAAGGAAGGAAGCAAUUAGCUGUGGACCUGACCCGUGUUCUUCCCCUCUAUGGAUUCAUCCUGGAUGCCUACAUUAUUGAAUUUUUUACAGACUGUUUGUGGGAGAAGCUCCCCAGCUCAUGGCAAGAAGUCUUAGAUGGGCUGACUCCACCCCAGAUUUCUACCAUGCUACUUGAGAUGCCUAGUGCUGGGGAAAAGAUCAGGUACAGAUCAGUGUGGCCACUGACCCUUCUGGCCCUGAAAGCUACUGCCCGUGCCCUGGCCUUUACCCGGACACCUGAGUCCCUAGGCCCAUCGGAGUUCCAGGAGAACCCGAGCCAGAGCUCCCGGCUGGCAGCCCAAUUCCGGAAACAUGUCAAGCCCAAGAAACAACAUGAGAUAAGGCGAUUGGGAGAGCUGGUGAAGAAACUGAGUGAUCUUACAGGCUGCAAUCAAGUGGUGGAUGUGGGCUCUGGCCAGGGUCAUCUCACCCGGUUCCUGGCCUUGGGUCUGGGGCUCUCUGUGACUGGUAUUGAAAUGGAUAGGAGACUGGUGGAAAGAGCCCAGCAUCUGGACCAGGAACUCCUUAGUACCCUGAAGAAGGAAGAACGGAGGAAACCACAGAUCAUCUCAGCUACCUCACACCGCCUCCCAAAUCAUGUCGUUAGCUGGGUAGACCCAGCUGCCUUGUCUCAGGAUCUCCUGUCUCCCCUGACAUCAGAGGCAGCCCAGGCCCCCACUCGACGCCUGCUCCUGACUGGCCUCCACGCUUGUGGGGACCUAAGUGUGACGAUACUACAGCACUUUGCCUGUUGUCCUGAAGCAGUGGCUUUGGCAUCUGUGGGCUGCUGCUACAUGAAGCUGACCACCCCUGGGGGCUACCCCUUAAGCCGGUGGGUUAGUGGACUCCAGGGCCACAGCCUGCCCUACAAGUUCCGAGAGGGUGCCUGCCAUGCUCUGGAAGAGUACGCAGAGCGGCUUCGGGGAGGAGGCCCUUCCCUCCGCACCCACUGCUACAGAGCGGCAUUGGAGACAGUAAUCCGGGAUGCGCAGCCAGGACUCUGCAGACCUGGGGUGCAAAGCAUCCCAAGGGCCCAUGAGCUGCCCUUGGAAGAGUAUAUUCGGCGAGGGCUGCAGCGGGUGGGACUAGACCCUGGGCUGCCCCUGGACCUGGCUUUCCUACACGCCUGCCUAGCACAGGAACAUCGGGUAGUGGCAUUCUUCAGCCUAGCGCUGCUGUUGGCACCGUUAGUGGAGACACUAAUCCUCCUGGAUCGGCUGCUUUUCCUCCAGGAACAAGGUUGCCACGCAGAACUUCUCCCUGUCUUCAGGCCUGAACUAUCUCCUCGAAAUUUGGUCUUGGUGGCCACUAAAACCCCACUGGGCCCAGCACUUUCGGACCUGGAAAUCAAGGAAAGCUGACAGUGUUAAGAGGAACAGAGACUUCGAGACCCUUUAAAACUCUCCACUUUCCCAAGAUAUGUGUGGCCUUGAGAGAGAUGAAGGUCCUGGAGCUAAUCCUCUCUCACUUAGGGAACCACAUCUUUUACUUUUUGGCCUAUCCCUAUCUCUUCUUGUAUCUUAAGAUGAUUUUUUUUACUUGUUAUAUAAAAAUGACCCUUCUAAAAAUCAUUUAAAAAAUUUAAAUCCUCCUGCCUCAUUUAUCUAAAUGCAGUAUGAGAAAAGGGGAGAUUUUUGUUGUUUUGCUUGCAGUUGGGGCUAAGUGACUUGCCUAGAAUCACACAGCUAGUGUCUGAAGUCAAAUUUGAACUCAGUCUUCCUGAUUUCAGGACCAGCACUCUAUCCACUGCACCACCUAGACUGAAGGUAGGUAAACCCUACCCGAAGGGUACAUCUUGGGCACCGAAUGUAGAACCCCUGCCACUCAGGUCUCUGUUGUACUUCACAGAUGUCCCUUAGAUUAAGUCCUCUACCACUCCUCUCCCCUCACCUACUGACAAGGCUGACUGGCCACAUUUCUGCCUUCCUGGUUCAGUCACAAUGGAGUCCUCAGAUUAUAGAAUUUAGAACUGUAAGGUAACUGGGUGAUCAUUCACUCUAACCCCCUUAUUUUAAAUGUGGUGAAAGAGGCCCAUUGAGGAGAAGGACCUUGUCCAGUUAUCUCUCCUUUCUGGUGGUUUCUUCACCUAUGAAAUAAACAAGGUUGGCUUCUGACCCUCCCUGCCACCAUGCCAUAUGGUUUCCUUU